UGCUACCGGUAUAAGAACAUGGAUUAUCUUUACCCCGCCUACUCUAAUGUGACAUACAAUUACACGCGCGAGCACAUUUUCUCUUCCUGUUGGUGCACACCCAGAAAUAGUCACUUGAAAACAGGUUCGCUGAAAGAAACAUCUAAUGGUAGACAGUUGGAUGCCCGCCAGAAAAAGAUACACCUUGUUUUCGUCAGACAUUUAGAAGAUAAGCCAGAUCCCAGUAGAACAAGAUGGGUUGUCUUUCGCUGUCACUCGUAGUCUUCUGUCUUGCUAUUGCGACCGUCCUCUCCACGUGUCCCAGCACCUACAUCUACCGUCGCGCCAACAGAUGCACGGGAUUUCGCAACCAGCGAUGUGGCAUGUUCGGCUGGGGUAGAUGUCGCAGGUCGUACACCUACAUAUGCCACAUAAGCGAACAACGCACCUGCCCAGCGCCAUCUGUGUCGUACGGAGGGUGGGGAUCGUGCACCUCCCCGUGUGGCGGCGGUCUACAGUACAGGACAAAGUAUAUGCGCUGCAGCUCGUCGUGUGGCGGGGCCAGGACAACGACGCGAGAAUCACGGAGAUGUAACACUGGCUGUUGCCCAGUCAAUGGCGGAUGGAGUGCAACCACUUAUGGUAGCUGGGGAGAAUGCAGCACCUCGUGCGGGGGUGGGGUUCAGACACGAACUCUGAAUCGAGGCUGUAACAACCCGACACCAUCGUGUAAUGGCCGGUCGUGCUCUGGGCUGGCGAGUUGGCAAGAAGAUAGAGCCUGCAACCCGAAUCCUUGUCCAGUUGACGGCGGUUGGACGGAGUUCACGGAGUGGACGGACUAUGACGAAUGCUCCGUGCUGUGCGGCAACGGGACCAAGAAACAACACAGAGAACGGGACUGCACCAACCCCACUCCCCAGUACGGAGGGGCGGAGUGCGAGGGAGCGGACAGCGAGCAUCAGUUCGUCACAUGUAAUGAAGAGGCGUGCGGAGACCGUUGCCUCAAGGACACCAUCACCUACCUGAGCCACCCAAAUAACGAACAGCGAUUCUACCAGUGUGACAAUGGGCGGGCCGUCCUCCACAGCUGUCCUACUGACACGAGGUGGUCGCAGGACUCAACUACCUGUGUCACCGAACAACAGACGACAGCAGCAACUACAGCAGCUCCAGAAAAUUUCUGUACCGGACGAAGCACUGGUUACUAUGCCAACAGCGACUGUCACAGGUACAACAGGUGUGUCAAUGGCCGCCUGUACGAAAUGACCUGUGCUUCCGGUCUCAAAUGGAGCCAAUCGGCAUCGACCUGUGUUCGUGGAGACUGUUAACUACAUGACUAGUUUUGAUAAACAAACUAUUUAAUCACGACCUUAAAUAUGUUGGAAGAACUUCAAAAUAGACUUGCAAACACAAAAAUUACUUCUUAAAUUACUGCAUUAAAUAUGUGUUCUGACAAAUAAAAGUCUACAAAUAUUA